AUGGAGUCCCAAGACAAAGGAAUAGCGCUGCACUCUGAGAUCCAACCUCAACUGGAUGCCAAGGAUGGUGAUGUCGCCCUCAAUCUCUUCACCAAGGGCCAAGAGCUCGCCGACCCUAUAGACCCCGUUGCGGAGAAGAAACUCCUUCGCAAGAUAGAUUGGAUGGUCAUUCCCUUCAUCUGCAUCACAUAUCUUGUCACGUAUAUCGAUAAAGCAACCAUUGGUUAUGCCGCCGUCUUUGGACUGCAGAAGGAUCUUGGCCUUGUCGGCGACCAAUACAGCUGGCUAGGUAGCAUCUUUUACUUUGGAUAUAUGGUCUUUGAGUACCCUACCAGCUACGCAAUGCAGAAGUUGUCGGUAGCGAAAUGGAUGUCAGCAAACAUCUUCAUAUGGGGAGGCAUCACUAUGGCUCUUGGCGGGUGCAAAAGCUUCCCUUCGUUCGCCGGUCUCCGCUUUGUUCUAGGCGCUCUGGAGUCAUGUUCAACUCCUGGCUACCUGUUAAUCACAGCCAUGUGGUAUAAGGUUGAAGAGCAGCCUGUGCGAAUUGGAUACUGGUCGACCUUCCUUGGCCUGGCCAAUGCUUUCGGUGGUCUCCUUGGCUAUGGCAUCGGUCAUAUUCAUGGAGCCUUAGAAUCAUGGCGUUAUCAAUUCAUUAUCAUCGGCGCUGUGUCCUCGGCUUGGGGACUCUUCAUGUUCUUCACCCUGGCUGAAAAUGCCGUGAGCGCACGCUGGCUCACUGAUUCCGAGAAGAAGCUUGCAGUUGAGAGAUUACGGGACAACCAGACUGGUAUCAAGAACACAAAGACCAAGCCCUACCAAAUCAAGGAGGCUUUCUUAGAUCCCAAGACAUGGUUCUUCUUUCUCUUCGGGAUGUCAACUCAAGUUGUCAAUGGCGCAGUGUCAAAUUUUGGUAGCUUAAUCGUGAAAGGCUUCGGAUUCAGCAGCCUGAAUGCCACUUUGCUUCAGGUGCCAUACGGAUUCAUCAUCCUCUUCGCCAACCUGUCGGCCAUGUAUAUCCAACGAUGGCUCCCGGGCCAAAUGAGAUGCGCUGUUGCCUGCGUUUACGUUCUACCCGCUCUUGCUGGCACUAUCGGUAUACACACCAUCUCAAGAGACUCGCGAGGUGCGCUCCUUGCAUGCUACUAUCUCACCGCCUGUUACACUGCUUCGUUCUCGAUGAUUAUGUCUUUGCUCACCGCAAAUGUUGCUGGAUCUACAAAGCGAUCGACCGUUAAUGCUAUCUUCUUCAUCUCAUACUGUGUUGGCAACAUAGUCGGCCCCUUUGCCUUCAAGAGCAACGAAGCUCCUGUUUAUACAUCGGGUAUUAUCGCCGUGUUGGUAGCAUACUGCGUUGAGAUUGGUCUGCUCAUUGCUUUCGCUUUCUAUAUGAUCAUGAUGAACAAGCAGAAGGCAAGUGCUUUGGCUGCACUUCAGGCGGAACAUGGCGGAGAUGAGCAGGAAAGAGCUGUAGCCGCGUUCAGUGACCACACGGAUCGGGAGAAUCCGUUCUUCAGAUAUACCUAUUAG